AUGAUGCAGAACAAAAUUCAAUCCAUCUUCACCUUCUCUGGAAAGAGGCCAUCAGAUUAUCAUACUUAUGCAUAUUUUAAACAGACAUUGCAUAUCGUAGAUCCAACAAUUCUCUCUCAAACUCUCCGAGAAGUAUUUUCAAAUCAAUUAUCUGAUGAUGACUAUCUGCCUACCUUUCAGGUAUUGUGCUCUCAAGUUGAACGUUACUUUCAUCAAUUCGAAGAAUGUAAAUAUUCCAUUCAUCGGGAGCAAAAACAACAGUCGUAUAACCGAGGUUACAAUCAAAAGAUGGAAUAUUUGAGCAGACAGUUGGAACAAUUAGAAGAGCAAUGGAAAUUAAAUUAUUAUGUGAUCAAAAAAUCCAUCACGAACGACCUCAAGGUGAGGAUGAAAGCACAACAAAAUGACAUUAUGAUUGAAAAUUUAUUCAAAUAUCUCACACAACAAGUUGUUGAUGAGAUUAAUAGAGGCUUUUCACUUCCAAUUUCGUCUUCUGACUCAUCAAAUGAUGAGGAUAGCGAAUUUGAUCCUCCCCAAAAGAAGCGAAAAACAGCAAAUGAAAUUUUUGAAUCGAAUAAUAUUUCCAUAAGAUACAUUCUUGAGAAGUUAGAGCUUCAUCCUCUCUGUCAAUUAUAUUUGGACAUUGUUAGAUUUAUUUGCAGACCAUCAGACAAGUUAGCCUCCCAGUAUAAGCUAGUUCCAAUCACAAUACCUGACGGCAUUGAGGAGCAUGGUUCCCUAUUAGAUUUUCUUCCUUCUCUUCAAACUUUCCAACAAAAUUAUUCACGCCUUUUACACUUUCUAAGUAUUACAUCUAGUGACUUCCUCUAUGUCUGUAUGUCAUUGGAGAAUCCAUUUGUUACCUUACCUAUGACUUUUGCAACAAUACUCAUGAACAUUUAUUACUCUUUUCAACAACUAGGAGACCAAAAACAAAAAAUUUUCAACACUGAUGUGUUUCAUUCACUUACUAAAACUAUUAAUCAUCAGUGCAAGAGAGAAUUACUGGUACUGAACCAUAUGUGCAUUAAGAUCCCAGAUUUACCAAAAACACUAAUUUUUCCAUUCAUCGAAGAAUUAAUUUUUUCCAAUGUUAAUACAUGGAAUGAAAGGAAAGAGAUCAUCGUCACGAUGUUGUUAUACAUGAUGAGUGAGUGUGAUGGGAUUCUUAAGGUUAUUUUACCUGAUUUCCUUGAGCUUUCCAAAAAUCACCAGAUAGAAUUUUUGGAAUUCUUUAAUUUAUUGCCAUAUUCAAAUAUUGACAGACAUGGUUUAGGAGCAAUCCUUGAAAUAAUCAGUGAGCACCUACAACAGAUGAAAGAUUUUUCUUUUGAAUAUCUUGUAACUUUAAAACGCUGGAUUGAAGAUGACUCAAUUCCUCAAAAUCUGAGAGACAAGUGCCAUACCAUUCUCAACUACACUGUUUCCAUUCUCCAAGAAGACUUUAUUGUUUACUCGUGCAAACUGCAGGAGUACAAUUACUCACUAGACACUUUUCAUCAAACGUCUCCUCCUUUUGUUUAUAGAUUGAAUUCCCUUACUUUCCUGAACUCUCUUCACUCCAAAACAGAGGAAAUUAUAGGCUUUGCAUUGGAGUCUUCCAAAAUGAAAGAGUCUGUUUGGUUCUUCUUGAUAGAGCUUUUAGGUCUUUCGGGAGGAGAAACAAUGGCAUCAAAUAUUUUGCUGCACUUACUAACCAAUUAUUACUUUUCCACAUCCUCAAAAGAUAGAAAUGGCAAUGCUACUGUCUUAUUUCUUAAACUCUAUGACUCAUUCUCCAAAAACUAUGCCAUUUUUGAUGAACCUUUUAUCGAAAAAGUUCUAUGGAUAGUUUCCAACACAAACAACAGUGAAAAGACUUGUACCAUUAUCAGCAAUCUAUGCCUAUGGGUCAACCUUUUGAAAGAUGUUGCUGAUCAAGAAGUGCACUACAAACCAGUAAUAUUUUACAAUUUUAUUAUCAGAUGGCAACUUUUGUACCCUUUUCUCUUUAGAAACGGUUCCAAUGUGCAAGAUCUUCCUUUGCGCCUUCUCGAAUCAUUUAUUUCAAUUCUUAAAUCAAGUUCCAAAAUUGAAGACACCACCACACCAGCAACAUAUACAGCGGUGAUUACGAUACCAGAACUGAUAGCCAACCAAUUUUCACAGGCACUUUUGGCAUACUACUUUUUCCUUUUGAAGCCAACAUUUACAACCAAACAUCAAAGAAGACAUCAAUUAAGAAGCAAGCAAAGAUUAUCUCACGAUUUAAUACCAACCAUUAUACUAGAGCCAGAAACUGACGUGGCAAGCACUUUAUAUUAUUACUACUUUGUUUUGAUUGUAAUGGCAGGAAGAACAGAUAUUAUUGAAAAAUGUAGAAAUGUUAUUAAGGAAAUUAUUUCUGUGAUGUGUUCUCGAUUUGAACAAGUAGCAUGCUCUACGUUUGACUUUGCUUUGGAUCUAAUAUUUUGUAAUCAUAUGGAAUCUAGACUUCAUGCUACAAACGUGUUCACGUCGUCUCAAGUACAUGAACAAAUCAAUUAUCCACUUCUCUAUCAGAAAGAUGCUCUUUCUAUCAUUAAUUAUUUCUUUCCAGAAGAAACAUCGGUCUUUUCUAAAGUCCUAAGCAAUGAUGACAUCAAACCUGAGGAUAAAAGCACCAUCAUCAAGUUAUUGUUUAAGAAUGUGGAAGAUGAGAGUAUGAUUGAGUUGACUCACAUUUCAGAAAUAACCCCAAUUACUUCAACAUCAGAUCAUCAGAGCUUGGUAACUCAAUUGAUUCAGCCCAAUCAUAAAAUGUCGAAAACGAAAACAGUUCUUGAAGACAAGUUGACAAUCAGAACAAAAGGCGUCGUAUUUGUAAACCCAUCCAAUGUUCACAAAAAGUUGAAGAAUCAAUCAUUCACGUUGAAGAAAGACACAUAUUAUUUCGAUAAGCACAACGAAGAGGUUGUGAAAUUGAACAAGUCCCAUAUUUUGAGCCUAUUUUCAAAAUGUCUUUUUUCUCAAACAGAAGAGCAUAACAUUUCAUGCACGCUUCAAUUAGGAAAACAACUCAUGAAGAGGUUGAAAUUGCAAAAUCCAAUUCAAACCAUAACUCAAUUGCUAGAAUCUCUUCCAAAGAAGCCAAUGACCGAAAGAGAAAUAGUUAUUGACAAGAUGUUCCACAAAUUUCCAAUCAUUUAUAGCUUGAUUGAUUUCAUUUCUUUGGCGUAUCCAAGAAAAUUCAUUGAAAUUGAAAAUAUGGAGACAACUUUGAUAAGUUUAUUUGCUAAUGCGAUUGGAGAAUGGAAUUUAAGGGUAUUGUCAAACAAUAAGGGGUUUGGAUCAUCAGAAAAUGACAAACAUCUAAUUAUGAAGACCAUUCAAAUCACAAACGUGUUGAUUCGUGCUGAAUUAGUGAUUGAACCGAUGGAUCUUGUUACUGAAAUUAUUCCACAUGUUUCGCCAAAAGAGGCUGUGGAAAUGCUGAUGGAUGUAUUUCGGUGUAUGGGCAGGUUGAAAGCAAUGUCUACUGCAGCAGCAACAACAGGAAAUGUAUCCUCCACGACUCCACCAACAACAACCACACCAACCUCCUCUGCAGAUUCCAUCUCGUCGACAACUCCUCCCACAUCCAGUGGCAGCGAAGAGUUUGAUAUUGAGCCAUACAUGGCAAGCAUUAAGAAUGCUUUAAGGAAUCAUUUGGAUCAAUUCGCUCCAAUUUAUGCCAGGUUUACUUCUGCAUCUAAAUCUGCAUCAGCAAAUAAUCAACCAUCAAGUCAACAAUAG